AUGGUGAAGAAAGGUGGUAGAGCCAGGGAGGGGAACAAGAAACCGGACGACGACGAUCUCGUCAACACCAUCUUCUCCUGGACCCUGGAAGAUGUCAUGAACCAGAACCUCUUCGCCGACAAGGUGAACGCCAUACCUGACAGGUUCUCCGGUCUGAAGAGCUACCUGGAUUCGUUCAGGGCCCUGUUGCUGGAAGAGAUACGAGCGGAGAUGAGCUCUAACCUGGAGACGUUGCCGAACAACAGCUCGUCGACCAAACACAUACAAUCCCUAGUUCGUGUACCUACGGGCUUGCGACAAUGCCCGCUGUAUCGCGUCACCAUUUCCGACCAACGUGGAGCUUGCGCUCCAUGCAUCGGUGACAUCGUCGUGCUCACGGAUACCGUGCCGCGACGGCCGUCCGACCUCGCGAGCAACGGCCGCUCCUGCUGCCUCGCACACGUCAAGGAUGUCGUCAACAGACGUACCUUCCUUAUCAGAGCGGCCAAGAAAAUAGGAGAUGCAGACUCGUAUGCUUUCGCCGCUAGUUUGCUCGCCUUUAUACCCUACGCCCGCAUCUGGCGAUGUCUUGACUACGAUUACGCGCUCAAGAUAAAUCCUCCCCUUGUCAUGGCCGUCGCCGGCGUCGCACUAACCACUUCGUUGGCGGGAUCGUCGUCUUUUCACCGGGCGAAUGGUGGCACCGACGAGAUAACCAGUAGGCUGCCUGCGUUCGGGCUGAACGACUCGCAGGCCGGUGCGAUACAGAGCUGCGUCUCGGCGGUGCAGGGCAACGGCGCGAGCACCACCAGCGGCCGGUUCAGCCUCAUCUGGGGGCCUCCCGGCACGGGCAAAACCAAGACCAUCAGCGUGCUGCUGCUGAUGCUGAUGACGACGGCGACGAGCCAGAGCAGAUACCGUGUCCUGACGUGCGCGCCGACCAACACCGCGAUCAGCCAGGUCGCGUCACGGCUCCUUGCUCUGAGCAAGCAGCAUUCCGCCGCUGCCGCCGGCGGACUGUGCCACGGCGACCUUCUGCUGUUUGGCAACAAGGACAGGAUGGGCAUUGACGGUGAUCUGAAGGAGGUCUUCCUGGACAAUCGUGUUAAGAUUCUCCAGAAGUGUUUCUCGCCGGAGUCGGGUUGGAGGCAUGGCCUGAGUUCAUUACAAGUUUUUCUGAGCUUUCCGUUAGCUCUCAGAUGUCAGUACAUCCAAGCCUGCAUUGCAUUAAAAGAUGGGACAGCAUUACCGGAGUCGUCAUUUGUCAGGUCAAGGUUUCAUGACAUUUGCCAGAAGCUUAGCAGAUGUUUUCAGACAAUCUUGUCUCACGUCCCCAAGUCUGUGAUUCUUGAGAAAAAUUACAACAACAUUAUUUUGCUCACAACGAUGCUGGAGAACUUCAGAAAGUUGCUUAGUAAGAAUAGUGCAGCAGGGGAUGAAGUGCUCGUUGGCAUCUUUAUGAAAGAAAAGAAGCCUGAUGGUUCAGAUGGUGGAGUGGUACAUUCAGAUUUGGUUCGAAAUCUUCGGCAGAGCAUGACACAAAUUCUUGGCGUCAUCAGUACUCUUCUGCGAGGGUUGCAGCUUCCUGCAACAACCUCUCCUUUCAAGAUCAAGAAAUUCUGCCUACGAAGCGCCUCUCUUAUUUUCUGCACCGUAUCGGGCUCUGCAAAGCUGUACGAGCAGAAAAUGGAUUUGCUUCUCAUCGACGAGGCAGCACAGUUGAAGGAAUGCGAAUCCCUCAUCCCGUUGCAAGUCUCUGGCUUGAAGCAUGCUGUUCUUAUUGGCGAUGAGUGCCAACUGCCUGCUACUGUGAAAAGCAAGGCUGCAGAUGGUGCCUUACUGGGAAGGAGCCUGUUUGAAAGGUUAACUCUACUGGGACACCAGAAGCACCUUCUGAACAUGCAGUACAGGAUGCACCCUUCCAUUAGCAUCUUCCCAAACUUCAGUUUCUACGACAAGAAAAUCCUGGAUGGGCCGAAUGUCACACACGUGAGGCACGAGCGUAGCUUCCUUCAAGGGGCCAUGUUUGGGCCGUAUUCCUUUAUCAACAUUGAGAAUGGUAGAGAGGAUCCUGGCCGCAACAAGAGAAACAUGGCAGAGGUGGCUGCCAUCAAGAAAAUACUGCAUAAUCUAUGCAAAGCUUGCGUCGGUACAGGGGAAGGGGUUAGCGUAGGCAUCAUAUGCCCGUAUGCCGCCCAGGUGGAGGCGAUCCAGAGCGGGAUAGAUGCGAACGCUGUUCGCCCGCUAGACGUGCGCGUCAACUCCGUCGACGGUUUCCAAGGCAGCGAGGAGGACAUCAUCAUCCUGUCCACCGUCAGGCAUUGCCUCUGGAUCCUGGGCGACGCGGCGACGUUGCUCGGCAGCGGCUCCGUCUGGGGGGAGCUGGUCCGGGACGCCGUGGAUCGCCGGUGCUUCUACGACUGGGACGACGGCGGCGCUGGUUUGCUCGGCGUUGCUCGGCGCGGACACGAGGACGAGCUGGACGAUGCGGUCGAGUUCGCUACGGCGUUUGACACGUUCGCAGACGAAGCGGGGUGCAGAGACGAUAUCUGCGACGCGCUAGGCUCCCUGAAACUAGCUUAGAUUGUGUGGAUUUUGGGGGAUCUUUUGGUCGGAAUUGAUGCGUAGAAUUGAGAGUUGAGACCACAUUUACGCCUAACGGCAGCUUGAAAACUUGUUACUACUACAUGCUGUAUAUUCAAAUUCAUCUGCCUUAUUCCCUUCCAAAAAAAAAUAAUAAUCAUCUGCCUUGAGGGCAAAAAAACGUGAUGUCUACAUGUGCUUUGCUGCUGAUUCGGUUUCUCUUCACAAGAUUAUGAUCAUCUUUUGUCGAAAACACUAAACGGAAGAAAAGGAGAAGAUUCCAGUUGGGAUCCACUUGCCAACUUUUGUUGAUACUUUUGUGAACUUAGUACCAUCAUUUUCUUGUACAAUCGUACUAAAGUAGAUUUUCAGCAUGGUGCUUUUGGGUUCGGAGAUUAUGAUGCUAACUUAACAAC